GAGGAAACCAAUAUCUUAUCCCCUCCACACCAGAGUCAGUGGCUGGUUAAGAUGAGCAUUUUUUGCAGUGUAAUGUCAGUAUCCAAAUGAGUAAGUCAGACGGCAGAAGAGGAUGUUAGGUUGGAUAAAGGUGAUGCGCACUGAACAGCUCGCCAAAAGGCUGCUGCUCCUCUUACAGGACUUACACGAGGAUGAAUGGAGUUUUUGCGUAACGCUAAAGCGAUGGAUUUCACCGCUCUUUAUCGCCUCCUUGACACACUGUUAAAUUCCAGAAGACGGAUAUAACCUCCAAGGAGUUGUUGGCAGAUUUCCCAAAUUCACAUGCUGUAAAAUUAUCUUCAACAACACAGAGAAGAUCACAUCCCUGGAGAUUGCGUGUGUAAAAUCGGUUUGAAAUGUCCGAUUCCCACAACCGGAGCCAAACCAGUGCACGUCGCAGUGACUACGUAUGGCAAUAUGAAUAUUAUGACGACGAUGAGCCCGUGUCUUUUGAGGGACUCAAGGCGCACAGAUACUCCAUCGUAAUUGGCUUCUGGGUUGGACUCGCUGUGUUUGUUAUUUUCAUGUUCUUUGUUCUCACACUGCUGACAAAGACAGGAGCGCCACAUCAAGAAAACCCAGACUCUGCUGAGAAGCGCCAUCGACCAGGGAGCUGUCUGGUAGACAUCAGCAGUCCCCAGGACGAAAAUGACAAAGCCUUCUCUCGUCCAUUGCUGGCUGAGUCCCGCUCAUACUUUCAUUUCUAUAUCAACGAGGAGGAUCAGGGUCUGGGGAAGCAAAAACCAGAUGACAAGAGAGUUGAGAAGCACACUGGGACCCGAGCUCAGCAGGAGACCUAUAACAGGCCUGAAGGUAUGAGCUCCUCAGCGAUGGACGAGAUGGAAGAGGAAGUUGGGGCACACCAGCCUCUCACAGGACUAAUAGAGGAGAGUAAGACAGACAGAGAGUGUGCCUUCCUCUCCCACUUCAACAUUCCCAACUUUGUGAACUUGGAGCACAGUUCCACACUAGGAGAGGAUGACCUGCUGUAUGAACCGGAGUGCCAGUCUCACUCGCAAGAUCCUCACUGUGACAUCCACUGAAGCUCCAAAUAUGAAGAGAUUACAGACAUGGACAUAGUGGUAUUGUAAUAUUAUGAUUUGCUUUCCUUUCACAGGGCCAUUUGUGACCUGACAGUAGGAAACACACUUACCUGCCACAAAACCUACCUUUUUCUUAUAAUCUCUACUUUGAGUGUUUUUAAACUAGCAAAAGGGCACACAGUGUGGCCCAUACUAUUCCAUAUUAAGUGCAACUUACAGUAAUAAACUGAAAUUUUUAUUCCUCCGUAUAAAAUUGCUUCACAAAUGCUACCUUUUACUUUGAGUGCUGAGCUCCUCCAAAUUGGAUUCGACCACACUGUACCAGGAUGAGAUGGCUUUCCACAAAGGUACCGAAAAAUGAGAGGGCAGUGAAGUCACAAGGGAGAGAUGCUUUGUUGAAUUCAUUUUGCUAUUAUUGCUGUCUUGUUUUCUUGUGCAGUUAUAGAUAAUGGACAUUAUUUUUCCAACGAGACACACAUGCCAGUUGGUCAAGUAACAUGAUGAAAAGCAUGGAAUUCAAUUAUUUUUAUGCCCUGUAUUAGAAAAGACGAAGUAUGCUUUAACUGUGUAAUUAGUAGCACAAAAUCAAACAUAUCAUUGUACUUGUGAGGGUUAGCUAAUCUGAGACCUUGGAUGAAUGUGAUAUACUUUUGUAGACAGAAUCUUCCUGAAUUUAAAAAUGCUGAAUGUUGAUUGCCCAAAUAAAGCCUAGUGGUUUUGGAUAUCAACUCAACAUUGGUGUGGUGUAGCAUUUGUUAACAUUACACAGUGGUUAUCAAAUAAGAUCACUUUGCAAUUUUGUCAA